AUGAAUUUAACAGAUGUGCAAUAUUGUUUUGAAUUUGUCAACACAUCCUGUACCAGAGUCACCAGAUCAACUGCAAUCAAUGUAGCACUGUAUACUUUUAUUACCAUUUCAAUACUAAUUACUAUAUUUGGAAAUCUGGUGGUGAUCAUUUCUGUUUUUCAUUUCAAGCAGCUACAGACACCCACUAACUGUCUUCUUUUAUCUUUGGCUGUUGUGGACUUCCUGGUGGGUUUUAUUGUGUUGCCUUAUAAUAUGGUUAGGUCUGUAGAAACAUGCUGGUAUUUUGGAGAAGUAUUUUGUAAAAUUCACUCAAUUAUAGAUAUUGUGUUAACCAUAGUUUCAAUUUAUACUUUAUGUUUUAUUGCCAUUGAUCGUUACUAUGCUAUGUGUGACCCUUUGCUCCAUCCUAUAAAGAUCACUUUGCCUGUAACAAUUGUGACUGUUAUAUUAAUAUGGGUGUUUGCUGUGUUUUAUGGACUUAGUGUGGUUUUAUUAGAGUUUAGUAAAAAGUCAGUAGAUAAUUAUAUGGCUGAUAUGUCCUGUGAGGGCAGCUGUACUGCAUAUCAUAAGUUUGAGGGGCAUGUGGAGGCACUGAUUGUAUUUUUUAUUCCAAUUUUUAUUAUUUUAGGUAUCUAUGUCAAGAUAUUUUUUGUGGCAAGAUGCAAACGUGGUAGAAAAAUUGGAAACAUGCCAAAUAAUAGCGAGUAUACAGAAGAAAACAAUAUUAAAAUCUUGAAUGAAAAGAAGCAAAUGGUUGUUAGAAACCAAGACAUAUUAAUAGGAAUUUUUACAUUCUCCUGGCUGCCUUUCUACAUAAACAGUAUUCUUAAUCCAUAUUUUAAUUUUUUAAUCCCACCAUCUUUGGACAGUGUAUUUGCAUGGUUUGGUUUCUUUAAUUCUACUUUAAACCCUUUGCUUUAUGCUUUUUUGUAUCCAUGGUUUCGCAAAACACUAAAGCUUAUACUCUCUUGUCAGAUAUUUAACCCUGAUUCUUCUACAAUUAAUUUUUUUUCAGAAUGA